CUGAAUGCAGCACCACGAAGCGGCUUCUCUCUGCUGCUCGGGAAAAGAAACCGAAAGAAUAAAUGCGACUAAGGAACAGAUCGUCGACUGGAUAUUACUUUCACUAUGUCUUCAGAUGAGGAUUUCUCUCUGGUGUUGGCGGACCCACAGCCAUUAGAGAACACCUUGGAGGGGAUAAAGGCUUCAAUCACGCGCUACAAGAAAAAACAUGAACAGCUGAUCCAGGAGCAGCAGGAGCUGGCCGCCAGCAGAGACGACCGGCGGGACAUGACGGAGAAGUGCAAGAAACGCUCCAUCAAACUGACCCAGGAUCUGAAAGAGGACCAGCGCUCGUACAAAGAGCAGAUUGAAAAUGAAAAGGCGAAGCUGAACCUGAUGGAGCAGGAGGAGAGCGAACUGCUGAAGGAGAUCCAGAAGGUGGAGGAGGCUCUGAAGGAGGAAGAGGCCAAAAAAGACCAUCUCAAACAGCAGAGUGACGUGUUCACCGCCGUACCGGAGAGGGAGGUCGUCUUCGCCGGCUCGACGGAAAGCGAGGACGCCGCCGAACCGUUUGAAAUGAAGCCGCGAGUGGUCUACCCGAUGGAGGGCGGGACGGUGCUCAUUACGUUUGAGGAAGAAGUCGUGGCCAAGAAGAUCCUGGCCAUGAAGAAGCAUCAGGUGGACCUGGGAGGAGAGUGCAGCAUCACGGUGGAGGCCCGGCCAGUUCAGCUGAUGCUGCCCACGCUGGUGGAGAUAGACUCUGAGGUGAGUGCUCAGCACGUACUAGUCUCCAACCUGCCCGAGAUGGACACCGAGACCCUGCUGAACAAGCUGGAGAUCCACUUCUCCAAGAGUAAACACGGAGGCGGAGAGGUGGAAUCCUGUGAAAUGCUGCCCGACUCUGGGACUGUGGUCAUCGCAUUUGUGGACAAACACAUUGCCAGAGGUCUGACCGAUACAGAGCACCAUGAUGUGAAGUUACAUCAGAAGACUCACAGAGUGAGGGUGACUCCUUUUCUCAACGGGAAGAUUACGAACUUAAAGACCAAGAUGUCGGCGUGUCCUCGGACGGUGCUGCUGACGGGAGUCCCCGACCUCAUGGAGCGGGAGACCCUGCAGGAUCUGCUUGAAAUCCACUUCCAGAAAAGCGGCAACGGCGGAGGAGAGAUAGAAGCCUUCCUCUACAACCCGCUGGGUCAGCACACCUCGGCCCUGUUUGAGGGCGUCUCCUCAGACCAAAAGGAAGAGUAGGAUCACAUCUAUCACCACUGCUUC